UCCCUGGCUCCCUCUCUAAUUGCAGCCAAACAAGCGACAGCGGACGGCUCACCUGUUUUAAUUGAACUAUCGCGACAAGUUGUCCAAGUGACGUCGAUGCGACCGGUCGACUGCUUCCAAUUGUCUAGGGAGAUCUAAGGAUUUCCGAGCCAAAUUGAAGCGCCGAAAAAAAAAAAAAAAGACUGCAGCAGUCGCGCGACCGAGGGACGCGCCGCUCACCAGGCCGACGACACAAGUGAGGCAGUCUGCAACGGAGCAGCAGCGAGCGAGCACAGGCAUCUCAGCCUGUGUGUGUGUGAGUGUGUGUGUGUGUGCAUGGAGGCAGGACAGAGGGCUGUGAGCGCCUCGACAUGGACCACCGGUAACAGACUCGGUGUAGAACAACAAAUGAUUCUGAUGCAGCUGCUUCAUCUGUGAGCUUCUUUUUUUGAAGGGGAGAGCAGAAACAUUGACUUUUGACGCGCGGGUAAAAACUCUGGACUCUGGUUUUCCACACUGCCAGUGCUGGAAGCAAGAGCUGCUCCAACGUUUUAUUCCUGGCAUCGGCUGGCACGCUGAGAUCCAUCAGCACUGAAACCUCUUUUUGCGCAAGUGGUCUGUGCGCCCCUGCGUUUGGAGCCAUGGGUUGUACAGUGAGCGCCGAGGAUAAGGCAGCCGCGGAGAGGUCAAAGAUGAUUGACAAAAACCUCCGAGAAGACGGAGAGAAGGCAGCCAGAGAAGUGAAAUUGCUGUUAUUAGGUGCCGGGGAGUCUGGGAAGAGCACCAUUGUAAAGCAGAUGAAGAUCAUCCAUGAGGAUGGCUACUCAGAAGACGAGUGUAAGCAGUACCGAGCAGUGGUUUACAGUAAUACCAUCCAGUCCAUUAUGGCCAUUGUUAAAGCCAUGGCCAGUCUCAAGAUAGACUACAGCAACCCUGCCAGAGUGGAUGAUGCCCAGCAGCUCUUCGCCCUGUCUGCAGCUGCUGAAGAGCAGGGUGUUCUUCCCGAUGACCUGGCCAACGUGAUCAGGCGAUUGUGGGGUGACAGCGGCAUACAGAGUUGCUUUGCAAGGUCGCGAGAAUACCAACUCAACGACUCAGCAGCAUAUUACCUGAACGACCUGGAGAGGAUAGCUAAAGCAGAUUAUAUCCCCACCCAGCAGGAUGUGCUGCGAACUCGGGUCAAGACCACUGGCAUUGUGGAGACUCACUUCACUUUCAAGGAACUGCACUUCAAAAUGUUUGAUGUGGGAGGCCAACGCUCAGAGAGAAAGAAGUGGAUUCACUGUUUUGAAGGAGUCACAGCCAUUAUCUUUUGUGUUGCACUGAGCGCUUACGACCUGGUGCUGGCUGAGGAUGAGGAGAUGAAUCGAAUGCAUGAGAGCAUGAAGCUGUUUGACUCCAUCUGCAACAACAAGUGGUUCACUGAGACCUCCAUCAUCCUCUUCCUCAACAAGAAGGAUCUCUUUGAGGAGAAGAUUACACGCAGCCCCCUUACCAUCUGCUUCCCGGAGUACACAGGAGCCAACAAGUUCGACGAAGCGGCCAGUUACAUUCAGACCAAGUUUGAGGACCUGAACAAGAAAAAGGACACCAAGGAGAUCUACACCCACUUCACCUGUGCCACUGACACCAAGAACGUGCAGUUUGUCUUUGACGCCGUCACUGACGUCAUCAUUAAGAACAACCUGAAGGACUGUGGUCUUUUCUAAAGGACGAUGCCCGACGCGCACAGACUGCAUGAGAGACUGCAACAGCCAUGUGAUGAUUACUGCUUUUCAUAAUGAAAACCAUAACAGACUUGAUUCUUAGGGGGGGAAACCUCAAAGAACUUAAACAAUCACUGAUUUGCAACCAUCAUGUUUUGAGUCUAUUGUGUUAUUAUUAUUAUUAUUUUUAUAUAUAUUUCUCACUGCUCUUGAUCAGGGGUUCUCAUACUAUUCAUACUGAGUUCGGAUUAAAUACUGAGCACAUAGAUAUUUGACCUAGAACCCCCCCUCACUGGAAAAGAACCACGAACAGUCCAGGCACUCACCAGAGAAUUGGCGUUUUUUCAAUUAGACGUAGAACAUAAAUUAUAUGCGCUGACUGGCUGAAGUGGAAACUAACUGUGGGAAGUAAAACUUGUCAUAAUAAGAAAAUUAUCUCAUCAUGCCACAUGACAAAUGAAAAUACAAUAAAAUUUAAGUAUUUUUCUUCCUCAAUAAACCUUAAAGGACCGUUUUGAGAGCCAUUUGUUUAAAUGGUAGUUGUCUCAUUUUUUUUUAUAUUCAGAUUUCUGUUUAAUUUGAUAGGUUUUUGUUUCCAUUUCCCUUUUGCUUUUGAAGUUUAUUAAGCGGAUACGGUACAAAAAAAGUUUUUAUAAAAAUCACAUUAACUUAUGUUAACUAGCGUUGGCAUUUUCUGAACCUUUUGACUGCACAGAGCUUAUUUUUUAGAAGAAAACAAACAAGCAUGGAGAAUGGAAAUGGAUGAAGGGAAAAUGUUUUUUGUACAAUGUUUACACAGAAUCAAUAUUCACAGUUGUACUAUAGUGCAUUGUUCUGCAUGACUGUCCAUAGAUUAGCCUGUAACACCCCCCCCCCACAAACUGAAUAACAUUCCUUAAGUAACUUCUUUAAAGAAA